ACUGCCGUCGUGUUUAGUUCGUGUGAGUUUUGUGCGGUCAGCCAAAAGUAGUUGUUGCGGUUUUGUUUUUUCAACCCACCUUCACAAAACGCCGUCUGCCAGAACGGGAUAGCUGCUGCAGCCACCCGUCACCACCCCCCAGACAAAAGUAGUCGAAGAAAAUCAACCCUCCCUUUUGGAGCCUGCGGAAAAACGAUCACGCGUUGGGUGGUUUUUUUCCGGCAACGAAAGCCGGUUUUCGGAAAAUAUUUUUCACUGUUGCAGUCAAAUUUUAUUCGCGUUCGAAGGGAAAAUAGUGCUGUUUUUUUGCGUUCAAGUGGGGAAAAGUGCAGAAUAAUCUGGAAGCGCAAAGUGCACUAACACAGAAUCAGAAUAUUAAAUCCGUCAGCAGCAGAAGUAGAGAGAGAGGCUGCUGCAGUCACCGCGUGGAAGAAAAUAAAAAGAAGUAGCAGAGUGCUUUUGUGUGUUGGUUCGCGAAGCAAAAGAUCACUCCCGGAUCACGGAGAAGAAGCAUAAGAAGAAGCUUUCACAGCAACAACAACAACAUCAAAAGAGUGUUGGUACACGACGAGUAAAGAAGUGAAUCAUUUUCUGGAGGUUUGCAUUUUUUCGGGUGCGAAAUAAAAGUUUGUCUUUGUCGGUCGGUUUAAAAGUGAGCCCCGAAUAGAUUUGAUUGUGCUGUUCUUGCUUCUUGGGAGUAAAGCCAGCAAAGGAAUAAUGUCCGACGAAACCCAGGAAAAUGGUACCCGCAACGGCGACGUGCCCGAAAUCGAAUUAAUCAUCAAGGCUUCGACGAUAGAUGGCAGAAGGAAGGGAGCAUGUCUGUUCUGUCAGGAAUACUUCAUGGACCUGUAUCUGCUGGCAGAGCUGAAAACCAUCAGUCUAAAGGUCACCACAGUGGAUAUGCAGAAGCCGCCGCCCGAUUUCCGCACCAACUUCGAAGCGACGCACCCGCCGAUCCUGAUCGACAACGGGCUGGCCAUCCUGGAGAAUGACAAAAUCGAGCGACACAUCAUGAAGUCGGUGCCCGGCGGAUACAAUCUGUUUGUGCAGGACAAAGAGGUGGCCACCCUGAUCGAGAACCUGUACUCCAAGCUGAAGCUGAUGCUGGUCAAGAAGGACGAAAACAAGAACAACGCCCUGCUGGCGCACCUGCGGAAAAUCAACGACCACCUGGCGGCGAGGGGCACCCGCUUCCUAACCGGCGACACCAUGUGCUGUUUCGACUGCGAGCUGAUGCCCCGGCUGCAGCACAUCCGCGUCGCCGGCAAGUACUUUGUCGACUUUGAGAUACCAAAACACCUAACGGCUCUGUGGCGGUAUAUGUACCACAUGUACCAGCUGGAUGCCUUCACCCAGUCGUGUCCCGCCGAUCAGGACAUCAUCAAUCACUACAAGCUGCAGCAGAUGCUGAAGAUGAAGAAACACGAGGAACUGGAAACGCCAACCUUCACCACAUCGAUUCCGAUCGACCUCAAUGACCACUAGAGUUCCGGUGCGGAACCAUUUAUGAAAUCAAACAGUAAUAUUAUAAAUAAUCAACAACAGUAACAGUAACAGCAGCAGCAGCAGCCGGAAUGAUAAAAUAAUUGCAAUACAUACCUACGCAUUACACAAUUUUGAUAACGAUUUACAUGAGCCCAUUUUUUUCUAGUAAGAAGAGUAAAACACACACAUACACACACACAAUCUUACGAAAAUCAACGGUCGGCAGCAGUGCUGCCAACCGAACUCGCCUGACGCCUUACUAUAAUUAUUAUGAUGAUCCUAUAAUAUAACAGUAAUUCUAUUGGUUAAUUUUUUUGUUUUGUUUCGCGAUGGCCAUCAUCAGUACCGAAUCGGUUGAGAAUUCCAACACACACACACAAAGAAAGAAAAAGAAAAAAGAAAACAGAAAAGCGGAUUCGGGUGGGAAGUAGUGGUGUUAGUGAAAUACUUAUGGGAAGAAAAUAGUAGUGGUAACACCGGAAGAAGAAAAACAAAUGUAAAGUUUAAUUCUAAGUAGAGCUUAAUGGAGAUAAAUUCGUUGUUUAUUGUAUCUUUUUGUAAUUUUCCUUUUUUUUUAGAAAAAAAAAGAAGUCUAAAGUAGUUACGGUUGAUUUAUCGAGAGAAAAGACACAAAUGGCUUAACCACAACAAUGUGCGAUACGAGAGAGGGCGAGAGAUAACGAGAGAGA